AUGAAGUCCAAAGCCUUCUUCAGUGACCCGACUAGCAUUGUCGACCAUAUGUGCAAGUCACUGGCGCAACAGAACCCAAGUCUUCGAUAUGAUUCUGCCAACAAGGUUCUAUAUCGUCCAACCAGCCAUACCAGCACAAAAGUGAGUAUCAUCAGUGGCGGUGGCUCGGGUCAUGAGCCCGCCCAUGCAGGUUACGUCGGUGAAGGAAUGCUCGACGCAGCAGUCUGUGGAAAAGUAUUUGCUUCACCAAACUUCGACCAGAUCAUCUCGGCCUUUGAUCGAGUCGCCACACCGCGAGGAAUUCUCGUGAUCGUCAAAAACUACACAGGCGAUAAGCUAAACUUUGGCCUCGCCACCGAGACAUAUCAAGCCCAGACUGGAGUUCCAACCCAUAUCGUGACCGUGGCGGACGACGUCUCGGUGCCUUAUUCACGGGGCAAGCUAGUAGGUCGUCGAGGCUUGGCCGGCGCGGUCUUGGUUCACAAAGUUAGUGGUGCCGCCGCAGCCAGGGGACUGGAUCUAGCCAAUGUGGCCAAGGUUGCCCAGCACUUGUCCGACAACAUGGCGACGAUCGGAUGUUCAUUGGAUUAUGCCAACCUUCCAGGUGGUGUUGAUUUGCCUUCCAUUCCUGAAAACACAAUCGAAUUGGGAAUGGGUAUCCACAACGAGCCGGGAGCUCAGCGAAUCUCACCACAGCCCACUAUCGAAAAGCUGGUGAGCCAAAUGUGCAAGCUCUUGUUAAAUGAAAAUGACCCCGAACAUGGGUUCCUGAAAUUCCACGGAAUCCCUCACAGCAAAGCAGAGCUUGCUUUGAUGGUUAAUGAUCUGGGUGGUCUAUCCGUGCUUGAACUCCAGGCCAUUGCAAAUGUUGUGCUCGAGUGUUUGAAAGACGAAUACGACAUAAAACCGGUACGGAUCUACGUCAACACAUAUUUGACAGCUCUGGAUGCACCAGGCUUUAGUAUUACGAUCGCCAACCUCACACCCGAACUGUUCCAAUCAGAUAUCAAUUUGCUAUCCUUGCUCGAUGAACCGGUGAAAUCAAACAGCUGGGCUACAUGUCAGCCCUUGCCAGAAAUCGCUCAAGGAACGCUCACACCAGAACAAGAGGAGCGAUCCCGCUCCCCCAAAUUGAACGAGGAAAUCCUAUGCGACAAACGUAUCUUCACAGCUGUUCUUGAAAACAUUCUCUCUCAGGUGACAUUGGAAGAGCCGAACCUCACAGAGUAUGAUACUUUAAUGGGAGAUGGUGAUUGUGGCACCACGUUGCUAGCAGGAGCAACAGCCGCCCAUGCCUUGAUCGGAGAAAACGACGAAAAUCUCGCAAGCCUAUCAAAGGGCCUGAUGAAAGUGGCCUCAUCCGUCCGCAGCGGAAUGGGUGGAACAUCCGGAGCGCUUUAUGGUAUUUUCCUGAACUCUUUCGUCUCCGCUGUACAAAAGAAUCACGAUGAAAUGAAAAACGUGAAUAUCGAACUAUUUGCCAAGAGCGCUACUCAGGCUCUGGAAACACUCAAGGGAUACACCAAUGCGCGGGAAAACAGCCGGACUUUGAUGGAUGCAUUGAUUCCUUUCAUCAACGAAUUGUCGACGGCGGUAUUUACUGAUAAAGAAAAUGUUGCAAAUGCAUUGCAGAGAGGACUGAAGGCUGCUCAAGAUGGAGCAGAGGCUACUAAGUGGAUGCAAUCCUCGUUUGGACGGUCGACCUAUGUGGGUGCUAGUGCUGGAGACGAGAAUCCUACCAAGGGUAUCCCUGACCCUGGUGCCUGUGGUAUUGUGGCAAUUAUCACGGGUAUACAGGCAGCAUUCAAAGUAUCUCCCUGA